AUGCUGGGCGGCGCGAGGCGGACGGAGGCGGGACGCGAGGAGGGGGAGCUCCAGCUCCACGACGGCGGCGGCGGCGGCGACGAGCUCUUUGAUCCCGACUCGCUCACGUACAUCGAUGAAAAACUUCAAAAAUUGUUGGGUCAUUUCCAGAAGGACUAUGAAGGUGGAGUAUGUGCUGAGAACUCGGGGUCACAAAUGGGAGGUUAUGGUUCAUUCUUGUACCCCCAGCGUUCUCUGUCUAUUAUAUCUCAAUCUAGAAGUCCUGCAGUUCCUCCAAACCAUGGCAAUGCCUCUAGAUCACCUUAUGUUCCAGUGGAGAGUGCACAGAAGAGUCAUUUUGUCAAGACUGAAUUAGAUAGCAAGAGAAAAGAUGAUUAUUGUCGAAGAACAUCGAAUGGGAUCAAUGGUAAUCCUCAUCAACAGAUUUUGAACAGAGCAGCCAAUGGUCCUGAGCAAAAGGCACCUAAAAUACGUAUCAAGGUGAACAGCAGUAGAAGUUUGGCAAGAAAUACUGCUGCUGUCUACAGUGGUCUGGGCCUCGACAUUUCUCCUUCAUCCUCUAUGGAUGACAGCCUUGGUGGGAGCGCUGGAGCUCCUGAGCCCAAAAAUUUACCAGAUGCAUCUCCGCAUACCAUUUUGCAGAUAAUGACCUGCCAUCCUAUUCCUGGAGGACUCUUGCUUUCACCACUUGCAGACAAUAUUAUGUCGCUGAGAAAAAAGUCAGCAUCUGUAACAAAGGAACAUGAAGCACCUGAAUUUGAUUAUGACAAAGCAGAACUGAACAGAGACUGGUGUCCCAUGACCUCUGCUGCAGGAGAUAACAAAAAUAAGGUGUCAAAUAAAAAUAAGUAUGUUGAAAAGAAAGAUCACCUCCCAAGUAUCAAGAAUUCACAAUGCAGACAUAAUGAUUCAACAAUUGUGAAUAAGGGGACUAUGCCUCAGUUACUGGAUAUGUCAGAUGAUGCAGGUUCAGUCCUCUUACCUAGAAGCAUGAAGACAGAACAACAUUCAGUUGAGGAAUCAGAAAAAUUGGUGGCUGAUAUUCCGAAUCACCUGAAGGAAACAAAGAAUGGUCCACUGAAAGCACGAGGUAGGGACGCGAGUUCUUUCAGAGAUAUUGAGCCAAUAGUAGAUGUUAAAGCUGUUUCAGCAAAUGAUGAUCAUCAUAAAAAGGGUAAAGCAAAUUUAAAAGCAAGUGUAGAUUUGAGCAAGGACAGUAAGACAGGACCUACAUUUAAUCAAGGAUUUUUGGAUAAAAUCAAAUAUGAUUCUGAUGGAUAUAAUGAUCGACCUUCUACAACUCCAAGUCAACCGCCAAAUGUUCCUCCUAACAAAACAUCACUUGACAGAGACAAAAGAAAUGUUUUGCAUGUAAAAGAUGAACAAUCUCAGUGCGAAAGUAAGGGCAUGGGGGGUCUAGUUAGUGCAGUAUCCAUGGAUAUCAUCACAGAAAAUGUAGGUGGAAAUCCUUCUGGAAUGCUGAAAAGGAAAAAGAAAAUUUCCUCUUCGCAAACUGCUCUGCCUGGGAAGAAGCUGAAGCUUAAGGCACACAAACAGUUGAGCGAAUUCACUAGAAAAUCUUAUGUGAGUGAUACGAGUGUGAAGCCUGAGAAGGAGACUGUUUCAUCUGGAGAAACUGAUAAGGGCAAGUCAGAUGGUGGAAAUGACCAUGACCACAAGAUCUCUCCCUUUAGUUUUGACAGAUCAGCUCCUGUGCCAUCAGCAUGUGCGAAUAAGGCUAUGGAAUUAUCCGUGGUUGCGCCUGUUGUGGAACCUGUUGUAAUAAACGAACAAUGGGUUUGCUGUGACAAGUGUGAGAAAUGGCGCCUUUUACCCUAUGGGAUGAAUCCAGAUAUACUUCCCAAAAAAUGGCGUUGUAGCAUGCAGAGUUGGCUCCUGCCUGGAAUGAAUAACUGCAAAAUAAGUGAGGACGAGACCACAAAAGCCCUUCGCGCGCCUGAAAAUAACAUUAGUUUGGGUGUUCGCCAUGAUGUUGCUACAUCAGGAGUAUGCACAACUACGACUUCACGAACUGUUGAGGGCGAUAUGAAGUCCAUCACUACAUCUGGGACGCCGAAAGUUGAAUCCAAUGCAAAUGUAUCAAAUAUAGCUGAGAUGCCAAAGUCAUCAAAGAAGCUACAGACUUCUACAAGUAGAAAACCUGAUGAUGUUGACCACUUCCGUAAACACAGGGAAAAACGAAAGCGCAUGGGAUUUUCAGAUAAAGGAGAAACUAUUGCAGAAGAUAAGACACAUCCAGAAUCGAAGAGCAGUGUUGAUCAUGAUAAUCUUAGGGCAUCAAAGAAAAUGAAGAAGGAAUUCAGUGAGCCAGCCAAGCGCCGUCUUUCUGAGCUUGAAAUUAGCAAAAGCAGUCCUUCAAUCAAGGAAACUCCAAAAAUCUUGCAGCCUGAUAGUGGUGUUUCAUCUAGCAUGGGAAAAUAUGGUCCAUCUUCAUCAAUUAAAUGCAAUGAUGAUAAAUUUAUCUCAGACGGGGGCAUUAGAACUUCAGAUAAGGGGCGAUCUGAUCGUCCAGAAUUAUCCAUUAAGAUAAGGAAAUCAAAACAAAGACAAUUAAGCAAGCGUGGUCCUGAGCCUGUGGCUAGCGAAGCAUUUUCAAAGCAUAUUGUAACAGAAGGUGAAAGUAAUGGUGCCAAGGAAAAGCCCAUACAAGAGCUGAAGUUUUCAAAGACAGAUGAUAAGAAAGCUGCCAACUCCAGGCCCCCCGUUUCUGGGACUGGUAGUGAUACAAUAUAUGCUGAGAAAGAGUGUUUAAGUGAGCAACACCACGAGAAUAUCCAUCUCCAGCAUUCAUUAGUCUCUGAAAGCUCCAUGCGGAGGAAUAUGUCAUCUACAGCUGCCGCCUCCAGUUCAUCUAAGGUGUCUAGCUCCCACAAGAGUAAAGUUGAUUUUCAAGAAACAAGGGCCUCUCCUGUAGAAUCAGUUUCUUCUUCACCAUUGAGAACUUCUGAUAAGAAUCUUGUGGAUCAACAUAAAAGGCACCCAUGUGUUGUCGCAGAAACUGUGCCUUCGCAAGAGUCAGGGAAAAGUGGUUUGUCAUUUUCCAAGGAAAACUAUGAUUUGGGAUCGGGUCCUGAUCAUUCCAAGGCUCAUGGUUCUGGUUGCUUUAAUGGAGACUUGCAUCCUCAUGUUUUGAAGGAUGGAGAGUUGGAGGACAAAAAAGACAACCAAUGCUCAAAAAAUGAAGAUUCUGGACUUGGUACAAGGAACAGUCAAUUGAAUCCAUCUAAGGCGCAGAAAGUUAAUUCACAUACCCUUCCGGUUCAUAGCAAUGGUGAUGACAAACAGACACCGUCCAUUCAAAAUGGAGAAAGACCGCCUCGUUUAAACUCAAACCAAUUUGACCAUGCAAAGUUGACUUCCGGGAAGCAUCCAACUCAGGUUAAGCCUGAUAAAGAGAAUGCAGAACACAAGGACCUGAAAAUACCUUUGUCAACUGUCAAAGGAAGUAAGCAGCAGCCAGCAUUAAAUAAUACAGCAAAUGGCGAUGUCUCCUACAAGGCAAAACAAUUAAAGAAGGCUGUUAUCGAAAAUACAAAGCAAGCAACUCUUAGUCGUGAUGCGCCGAAUCCUAUAAACACAUCUGUCCUACUGAAGGAGGCUCGAGAUUUGAAGCACUUGUCCAAACGUUUAAAGGAAAAGGGCGAUGACCUUGAGAGCGCAAGCAUGUGCUUUGAGGCUGGCCUGAAAUUCCUCCAUGUUGCAUCUCUUUUGGAGGCUCCAAGUAUUGAUAGCUCCAAACAAGGGGAUUCUAUACAAGCUAUGAGACUAUAUUCUGAAACAGGCAACCUUUGUGGAUUUUGUGCCCGUGAAUUUGAGCGACUUAAGAAAAUGGCAAAUGCUGCUUUGGCCUAUAAAUGUGUGGAAGUGGCAUAUAUGAAGGCUGCCUUCUACAAACAUCCUGGUGCAAUUAAAGACAAACAUGCAUUGCAAGCAACAUCUUUGAUGGUUCUUCCAGCUGAGUCGCCGUCAUCGUCUGCUUCAGAUGUUGACAAUUUAAAUAACCAGAGUACAGCUGCUAAGGCUGUUUCUGCAAGAGCUUUGUACUCUCCUCAGAUUGCUGGAAAUUCCAUACCUCGGAACAAUCAUCACUUGAUGGGGUUGCUUGCUUAUGCAGACGACAUUAAUUAUGCAUUUGACGGAACAAGAAAAUCACAAAAUUCAUUUGCUGCUUAUGUUGCUGAUAUUGGAAAGGGUCAGGUUGAUGGCAUUGCUCUUGUAAGAGAAGUCCUUGAAUUCAGUUUCCACAAUGUCACGGCGCUGCUGCAACUGAUUCGGCAGUCGUUGGAAUCUAUCAACCAUGAAAGUGUUAAAUAACAGAACAAACAUUCUUCCUGUGAAUAGUGAUGUGUCAUGGCAAGUUGCUUUGGCAUCUCCCCACAAUGAUACUACCAAGAGUCUGUCAGGAUGAAUCAGUAUAUUGAUCUGAAUGGAUCGAUGGAGGGGAGUCACCUUGCCAUGGUUAUGGAUCAUAAUUUUGACAAUUGCCAAAUGGGUUUAAAGUCAAGAGUCUCCUGCGACAUUAAUUGCUACAUUCAAAAUUCUCAGUGUUGACAUAUGACAAAUUACAGAAUCCAUGUUAUUGAAGUCAACUGAAUUUCCAACUGUUCUACCGGGAGAAGAUUUCAGCAGGAGAAUGUAAAACAUAUAACUUUUUAACUUACAGUUCCUACAGAAGCUUAGAUGAGGACUCAGGAGAACAUACUAGAUUCCCCCACCUUCUGUUUUUGGUGUCUGUCAUGAAGGUACCGAAGGUACC